AAUGGGACAACAAGAACCUGAAAUUCCUUCAGAAUUUGCUGUUCGCCAUCCAUUGCAAAAUCGCUGGGCUCUUUGGUAUUUGAAAGGAGAUCGUUCUAAAGAUUGGGAAAAGUGUCUUAAACAAGUUUCUGCUUUUGACACUGUUGAGGAUUUUUGGGCUCUCUACAACCACAUUCAACCUGCUACCGGUCUUGGAUGGUCUAGUGACUAUUAUCUCUUCAAAGAAGGAAUUAAGCCAAUGUGGGAAGAUCCUAACAAUAUUAACGGUGGUCGUUGGCUUGUUCAGGUUGACAAACAAAGCCGCCAAUACAAAUUGGACAAAUAUUGGAUGGAAGUAAUGAUGGCUGUUAUUGGAGAACAAUUUGAGGAAUUGGGAACUUAUAUUUGCGGUGUUGUUGUUAAUGUUCGUCAAAAGGGUGAUAAAGUUGCUUUGUGGACUAGAGAUUCUAAUCUUGACGAUGUCAACAUUCGUAUUGGUUAUAUUCUCAAAGCCAAGCUUGGUCUUCCUGAUAGCGAGACAAUUCGUUUUGAAGCUCACAAAGAAAGUUCUGCUCGAACUGGAUCAACUGUCAAGCCUCAUAUUGUUAUUCCGCCACGUGGGGAUGCUGAAGAGCCGCAGAAGCGCAAACCGGAGCGAGAGCGUACACUUUCUCAAAAUCAGUAAACUU